AACUGAAAUUCAGCGCAAACGUGUAUCCGUUGUUCCAGAGGCGUUUCCCUCGCGAAUUCUUUGAUUCUAAUCGGACGUCGCCAUUUUCGACAAUUGAUCGCCGGUCUACGCUAUGUCGACGGUGCCUUUGACUCCGGCGGCUACCGGUUCUUCCUUUUCGCAGUACAACUACGCCAAUGGGACCUACUUUCCGACGCCAUUUCACCUCCAACAACCGCCGCAGCCUUACAUCGGUGCCGCCGCCGUGUAUCCUGCUCCUGUUCCUCUCCCUGGUACCCCUUUAGCUCAAUACCAACAAGCACAGCAGUUGUUUCAAAGGGUUGCGCAGACAAUUACACCAGAAGCGCUUCAGAAUGUGAAAGCUGCACUUGCAAGCAGUGAAAUUGAGCACAAAGCUGAGGCCAAGAAGAAAGCAGUGCCCCGUAAAGCUGCUGGGCAAACUUGGGAGGAUCCUACCCUUGCUGAUUGGCCAGAAAAUGAUCAUCGUCUAUUUUGUGGUGAUCUUGGAAAUGAGGUGAAUGAUGAUGUCUUAUCAAAAGCAUUUUCAAGAUUUCCUUCAUUUAACAUGGCCAGGAUGUUUGUUUCAAGUGCUUGGAGCCCUCAAAUGUCUCGUGCAAUAUCAUCACAGGUUGUGCGAGAUAAGCGGACAGGUAAAACCAAAGGCUAUGGAUUUGUAAGUUUUUCCAACCCUUCAGACCUUGCAGCAGCCCUUAAAGAAAUGAAUGGCAAAUAUGUUGGAAAUCGACCAAUCAAGCUUCGGAAGAGUAGGUGGCAAGACAGGAUUGACUAUGAAGCUCUAGAAAGGCAAAAGAACCAAUCUCAGAAGAAGGCCAAGCUGCCCAAGAAGAGUGUAUUGCACAAGUGAAUCCCAAAUUCCCAAUAUGCCCAUGAUGCCCAGUGUGGCAGUGUGAGAUGCAAAGACAAGCUAAGCUGUUACUCUGUAGCAUGUAGGUAGCUUUGUCAAGUCUACUUCUGAACUUCCAAAAUGCCAUUGUUGUACAGAGAUCAUGAAUAACAUUCUGUUAAUGAAAAGAAGGUUAUGUAUUA